CCCCCGCUGGGACUAAUGUCCGCCCCCACAACCGCCAGCAUCCCUGAUGGCGCCAGGUGUCUCCCUGCCCAGUCUCCAGCCCGCGACGUCGCCAUAGUGACCGCCGUCGCCACGCAGCCCCGCCCCUUCCUCGCGACGUGGCCCCGCCCUCCUCCGAACCCGGAAGCUGGAGGCUCGCGCCCGCUGAGCACACGGUUCCGGAGGAGGGAGCGCCGCGGCCCGGGCUUGCUCGGCCGCGCGCCCCGCCCCUUGGAGGCCGGGCUCCAGCGCUCCCCCGCUCCCCCGCUCCCCCGCCAGCUGUGUCUGCGGGUCCUCUGGGCUCUGGCUGCGGGUCCCAGCCGCCUCCAUCUACUCGGAUAUAGGAGCAAAGAGCCGCCUGGAGCUGGAAGCAAAGGGACGUGGGGGUGGCCACGGCAGAUUAUCGUAGAUGAUGAUGACAGUAAAAUAUGGUCGCUUUAUGAUGCGGGCCCCAGAAGUAUCAGGUGUCCUCUCAUAUUUCUCCCCCCUGUCAGCGGAACUGCAGAUGUAUUUUUCCGGCAGAUUUUGGCUUUGACUGGAUGGGGCUAUCGGGUUAUAGCUUUGCAGUAUCCAGUUUAUUGGGACCAUCUUGAAUUCUGUGAUGGAUUCAGAAAACUCUUAGACCAUUUACAAUUGGAUAAAGUUCAUCUAUUUGGGGCUUCUUUGGGAGGCUUUUUGGCCCAAAAGUUUGCUGAAUAUACUCACAAAUCACCUAGAGUCCAUUCCCUCAUCCUCUGCAAUUCCUUCAGUGAUACCUCUAUCUUUAACCAAACUUGGACUGCAAACAGCUUUUGGCUGAUGCCAGCAUUUAUGCUCAAAAAGAUAGUUCUUGGAAACUUUUCGUCUGGCCCAGUGGACCCAAUGAUGGCUGAUGCCAUUGAUUUCAUGGUGGACAGGCUGGAAAGUUUGGGUCAGAGUGAACUGGCUUCAAGACUUACCCUGAAUUGUCAGAAUUCUUAUGUGGAACCUCAUAAAAUUCGGGACAUCCCUGUAACCAUAAUGGAUGUAUUUGACCAGAGUGCACUUUCAACUGAAGCUAAAGAAGAAAUGUACAAACUGUAUCCUAAUGCCCGGAGAGCUCACCUUAAAACUGGAGGCAAUUUUCCCUACCUGUGUAGAAGUGCAGAAGUGAAUCUUUAUGUACAGAUACAUUUGCUGCAGUUCCAUGGAACCAAAUAUGCUGCCAUUGACCCAUCUAUGGUCAGUGCUGAGGAGCUUGAGGUGCAGAAAGGCAACCUCAGCGUCAGCCAGGAGGAGCAGUAGAUGUGGCCUUUGCUGUUGCUGUGAGGUGAUCCAGUGUGUUCUUGUACAAUCAGUGGCGUCAGCACCACCAGUCAGCCUCUUCCUUCAGGCUCGGCAGGCUCACCGGUUCUCACUGUGUUUUGGAAGUAGGACUGAUUGUCAUCUUGACAGGCAGCAGCUCUUCUAUGCCAGUGUAACUAACUGUCCCCAUCUCGAUUUUUUUAGCUUUUGAAAUUGAAAAAAUACUUUUGAAGACUCACAUUUUACAAAUUGUGAAAAUUUACUAUCAAAAGUCUUUACCAUUGUGUUAAGUGAAUACUAAUUUCUGAGAUUUGGGAUUCUGAGGGUUUUUCCUUUUUCUGUUUCCUGUCUUCUCGACUUUUGUUCUUUGCUGUAAAUGUUCACAUCCAGGUCAUGUAUCAAAAGGACACCGGUUUUUUUAUGCUUUCUUGGCAUAGCCAUCAUCAGAGAGCUAAGGCUGGCACUCUGCCGUUAGGUUUCCUGCACAUCAACUACUUUUAAUUUCCAGUUAAGCACAUUAUUUGGAAUGUAAGCUGUUUUCUUUCUAGCCAUUAUGGUCAUUUGAAUAAAAAUUAAGUUUCAGUGA